AUGGUCCGCAAUCCGGACUGCAUUGUCUCGCCAAACCCGCUCUCCGAGAUUGGGGUUGUGUUUGAACUGGCAGAAGCUGGACCCGGAGUCAAAGUCGGAGUUGGAAUCGGAGUCGGUAGAGCCGUCGAGUCGAUGGUGUCGUUGCCCCCGACCCUAUUAGCUGCUUCCGGGGUGCACGAAAAGGAAGGGGUUGCAGGAGUGUACUGUCUUUCUCUCUCGCAUCCUUUAAACACUCACAGCUACACCCUCUCAGAACGCCAGGCAUACUACCACUUAUCCCCACUUCUUCUCGUCCAAUCGCUUUCACCAGCCCUCAUCUAUUCGUUUAAGACCUCCCUCAAACGGUUCCAGACCGAGCUGGGCGUCCGGUAA